AUGAAGGGACUAGCAGUGGAUUUCUCUUUUGCGCUUCUUCUCCUGGUGGAUUUGGUUCUUGGUCUCGCCGUGCAGCCCUUCCCAAGGAUGCACCCUGACGCACUGCUCCGUGAGAUGGGCUCCAGACGACGCCCCGUGCAGCGGCAGCAGACCAGCAGGCUGCCCCUCUACAUGAUGCAGCUCUACCGGACUAUGCUGACCGAGGACCGGGCCAGGACUCCGGCUGCCAGCGUGAGCCAAGCCUGGACCAAGGACGAUCAGGGUCUGCACGACUCUGACUCUGUGAUCAGCCUAGUCGCUAAAAGCUGCCAUCAGAUUGGCAAGAGGUGGUCCGUCACCUUUGAUGUGUCCUCCAUGUCUGCAAGCGACAACGUCCAGCUGGCUGAACUUCGCAUCCGCCUACCUGCCUUCACCGAGUCUUCCCAAGCCUCAGUGGACAUCUACCUCUCCCAGAGGGACCAGUGUGCCGACACACACUGCCCAGAGAGCAGGCUGUUCCUGGGCCACCUGAGAGCUCAUCCCAGUUCGAUGGUCUCUCCCUCCUCCUGGAAGGUGUUCAACAUGACAGAGAUGCUCCGCCGCUGGCUGCAGCAGGAACACCCCACGCAGAGGAUGGAGGAGGAUGAGGCUGAGGUGAGAGAGGAGGAAGAUCAGGAGGCAGUCCAGCACCCUACAGCUGACCGGGUCAUGAUGGUGGUCUUCUCGAGGCAGAGCCCUAACAGCCAGCGUAUGCCAACACUCAUUCACACAGCAGAGCACUCCAAGUACGUGAGCCUGGACAGGGAGCGAGUGACGGCUGGUUCGGGCCCCAGGACGAGGAGCCACAGGGCCAAGAGGCACCACGAGACCCGGCAGCCAAGACGGAGGGUAGCCGGAGCUGCUCCUGCUGACAAGCCCACAGAGGAGGAGGGGAAGAAGGGUCCUCUCUGCAGGAAGGUGGACAUGUGGGUGGACUUUGAGAAGCUUGGCUGGAGUGAGUGGAUUGUUUAUCCAAAACGCUACAACGCCUACCGCUGUGAAGGGAGCUGUCCUACACCAGUAGAUGAGACCUUCACCCCAACCAACCAUGCAUUCAUGCAGAGCCUACUGAAGCUUCACCACCCUGACAAGGUGCCAUGUGUGUCCUGUGUGCCGACACGCCUGGCGCCGCUUUCCAUGUUGUACUACGAGAACGGAAAGAUGGUCAUGAGGCAUCACGAGAACAUGGUGGUGGAGGAGUGCGGCUGCCACUGA